CCACUCCCUCCACUCUCCUCACUCUCUUUACCCGCAGCCCCAAUAACUCAACUCUCGUUUUCUCAAUCGCCGUUCCCAAACUUCUCCCAUCGAUCUCACCUCCGCCUUCCGCCGUUGUACCGAAUCCGUUUCCGACCGAAAAUGGUUGCCAUCGCCGCCACCACUUACGAAGAAGCUCGCAACCAGCGUCUCGAAGAAAACAAAAGGAAAUUUCAGGAUUUGGGAAUCUCAAGCAUUUCAAAGACAUUGACCCACUUGACUGCUUCUCCGAACAAGACCCAGCAUCGUGUCUCGAAACCUAAAGCAAGGAAUGCUUGUUUGGAUAUAGAGCCAAGAAGGUCUUCCCGUCAACGCAAUUCAGUUCAAACAUAUCGUGAUGAUGUUGACAUAGACCUUCCGCCUUUGAGGAAGAGGUCGAGGUCGAGUUCAUCUUUUUGUGGAAGCUACCUUGCGAGGCCGAUGGAAGAAGUCAGACUUUGUUCUUAUGAAGAAAGGCAAGCUGCUCUUAAAGCUGCAGAGAAGCUUCUGGAGAAUCUACAAACUGAUAAUCCAUCUUUCGUUAAAACAAUGGUUCGAUCGCAUGUUUAUAGCUGUUUUUGGUUGGGUCUUCCCACAAGAUUUUGUGAUGAACAUCUCUCAAAAACGGGCUCAGAUAUGGUGCUGGAGGAUGAAAAUGGCAACGAGUACGAUGCUGUCUACAUUGGCUCAAGAACUGGGCUUAGUGGGGGCUGGAGAGCGUUUGCACUGGAACACAAGUUGGAUGAUGGUGAUGCGCUUGUGUUUGAACUGACUGAACCCACAAGAUUUAAGAUCUACAUUGUCAAAGUAUCAUCAAUGUCUAGUAUAAAAAGCAUUGUGGACAAAGAAGAUAUUCCCAGUGCUGAAAAUACAUCGAAGACAGCCGUGAAGCGUGACUCAGAAUCAACUCAAAAACGAAGAACUAAGAGAGGUUCUGUGUCUGAGAUUGAUGACUCACAACCUUCCCCGGGCUCAGAAUCAGAUCAGAGGCGAAGGUCAAAGAGAGGUAUUGUACCUCCAACGGAUGACGCAAAAGCUGCCACAGACUUGGAAUCAAAUCAGAUACGAAGGUCAAAGAGAGGGGCUGCGCCUGUAGCAGAUGACUCAAAAACCAACUUCAACUCUGAAUCAAAUCAGCUACGAAGGUCAAAGAGAGGGGCUGCGCCUGUAGCAGAUGACUCAAAAAUGAACUUCAACUCUGAAUCAAAUCAGCUACGAAGGUCAAGGAGAGGUACGGUGCCUGUAGCAGAUGACUCAAAAACCAACUUCAACUCUGAAUCAAAUCAGCUACGAAGGUCAAGGAGAGGUACUGUGCCUGCAAUGGAUGACACAAAAGCUUCGCCAGACUUGGGAUCAGAUCAGAAACGAAGGUCCAAGAGAGGUGUCGUGCCUGAAAUGGAUGACCUAGAAGCCUCUCCCAAGCUUCCCACAGAGAGCCCCAAAGGUUGUGAAACCGAGCAGGAAGCCUGUGCAAUGAAGGUGGAUGAAGUUGCUCCUAAACAAGUGAGAAAGAAAGCUAAAGCAAACAGAGUAUGUUUCACAGAGAGUCCAGAAGGCUGUGAAGUGAAACCCGAAGAAACAGAGGAGAAACCCGAAGUACCAGAGAAGAAACCUAAAGUGGAGGAGAAGAAUGCGAGAGCCAAAGUUGAGAACGAAUGUGUAGCCAAGAAACCUAGAAAGAAAGUUGUGAAGCAAAGGCUUUUCCGAAAGAGAGCAUAGCUGGAGAGAGUGACGAAGAAAGCUUCACAACUUGUCGGCAUCAUAGAUUUUAGCUGCGGUUACUGGGAUAUGUCUCGUAGGUGAAGGUUAUUUGGACAAGGCACUUGAAUUUCGGUUCUCAGUGAAACGAUCCCAAUCUCUUGGAUUUUGACUCAACAUUUGAACUUGCCUUGACAAAAUUAAAAUGGCAUAAUUUUAUGUCUUGUAUAA